AUGGAGGUGGUGCUGCAACCACCAAAGACUGGAGUAGAGUCUUACCUCCUCUCGGAGGGCCUGGACAUGGCUCUGCUGAAGGCGGCCGGCCCUCUCCUGCACCUCCGUGGCUCCGUCGAGGUCCGGCUCCGGCGCCCCGCGCCCGGCGGCCAGGCCAGGCAUCUCAAGCCUCUCCGUCGCCCCUCCGGCCGGCCCUCUCCCUCCCCUGCCCUCACCCUCCGGCCCUCUGCUCCCGCCCAGCUCUGCCCUUUGCCCUUCACCUCUGCGCAGUACCUCUGCGGACUGCGGCUCAGGCACUCCGGCGACCGGCGGCCAGGCCUCCCCAGCGCGGCACUAUUUGAACUGUGGGACAAAUCUUCAAAGGCAAGAAAGUUAACUUCUACAUCCACACCAACUCCUAUUUCUGAGGAGGUUGAGAGCAAUCUGCAGCUAGCACUAGUACCAACACAUGAUGAAACUCCACAACCGGAGAGGGAGAGAGGCUCCCCGACCCCAAUUAUAGAAGAUGAUGAAGCGGUUGAUGAAGAUGAUGAAUCAAUUCCCCAAUUUGAAGCAGAUUUGGCUGCUCUGGAACGUGAUCCGAGCAAGCGACUCCCUAUAUCUUCAUAUCAUGUCAAUGACCAGGAUAGAGUUAGAAGGAGAUACAUUGACUUGGGAGCUUGUCAACCAAAGGAUCAUAAGUUUGAAAUUAGAGAUUUUAGUGGACAUUCUCGUCGCCUUUCUCCUACUUGGUUUAAAGAUCAUAAGUGGCUUGAGUACAGCAUGGAAAAAGAGGCUGCUUUUUGCUUUGUUUGCUACUUGUUCAAGGAUAAAACAAAAAGUCCCGGAGGAGAUGCAUUUGUGAAUGGUGGGUUUAAUAAUUGGAACAUGAAAGGAAGAUUGAAGAGGCAUAUUGGAGCUGUUAGUAGUGCUCAUGCUGAAGCUCAAGAAAAAUAUGAUAUGUUCACUACACCUACAACAUCAAUUAGGGAGUCUAUUGCUUCAAACACCUCACAAUACAAGGCUUUGUAUAAACAGCGUUUGACAUGGACACUCAAGUGUGUGAGAUUUCUAUUGAGCCAAGGCUUGGCAUUUAGGGGGCAUGAUGAAAGUGAAGACUCGCUAAAUAAAGGAAAUUUCCUUGAGCUUCUAAAUUGGCUAGCAGGAAACUUUGAAGAGGUUGACAGGGUUGUUCUCAAGAAUGCUCCACAGAACUGCAAGAUGACUCACCAUGAUAUACAGCAAGAGGUGAUAAAAUGUUGUGCACAAGAGAUUACUAAACUAGUCAUUGAAGAACUUGACGGUGGUCAUUUUGCAAUACUUGCAAAUGAGUCUAGUGAUGUGUAUCAGAAUGAACAAUUGGUUGUUUGCUUGCGUUAUGUUGAUAAGAAAGGAAGGGCGGUUGUAAGAUUUCAUGGUCUUGCUCAUGUUGAAGAUACCACCUCUUUGACACUAAAAGCUGCAAUUCAGAAAAUUCUUAUGGACUACAAUUUGACCUUUGCAAUGGUUCGUGGGCAAGGAUAUGAUGGAGCUAGUAAUAUGAGAGGCAAUGUUAAUGGCCUGAAAAAACUGAUUAUGGAUGAGUCCCCUUCUGCCUACUAUGUUCAUUGUUUUGCCCAUCAAUUACAGUUAACUCUUGUUGCUGUUGCUAAGGAGAGUGGUGAUUGUACUUGGUUCUUUCAGCAGCUUGCACACUUGUUAAAUGCUCUUCGCGUCUGGCCCAGAUGUGGCCUCGGCAUCUGGCCCAAGGCCAGAUGCCAGUGUCUUCGGCGUUUGGCCCCUGGCCUCCGCAAAACUCCUUUUGCACCAAUUAAAGCCCCGUGGGCCAUACCCCUUCGCUAA